GGCACUUUACAGAACCGACUAUAAAAGGUGAGUGCGUGAACAAUGAUAAUUGCAAUAACUGGACCAAACAUUACCUGAUAAAAAAAUAGUAAAAGAGAAAACAUCAUUUGUUUUCGUUUCAUCAGCAUCAUCAAUCCAUUAUCGUCGUCUAGCCAUCUCCAACAUUCCACAGAACCAAGCUAUCCAUAUUCCCUCAGAAAAAAAAUCCCUAAAUCUUUUUUUUUCCCAUGGCAUAAAAAUUUAAAAGCCCUUUGAAAUCCAAUUAAUUUUAUUUAUUUUAACAAACAUUCUAGGAUUUUUUUUUUUUUGAGAACUCCAAAAGAUGGCUUCGACGACUCCAAUGAACCGAUCCUCCUCCGAUGACAUCAUCGACACGACGCCGUUUCUAUCAUCAACAAGCAGCGUGUCACGGGAUGAGUCCACCACGCGUCGAUCCGUGCGUCGCCAGAGCCUUCGUGAAGCGGCUCGGUUCCUGCGCCGAGCUAGCAGCCGAAGAAUGAUGCGUGAGCCGUCCAUGCUGGUUCGAGAAACCGCUGCCGAGCAGCUCGAGGAGCGCCAGAGCGAUUGGGCGUAUUCCAAGCCGGUGGUGAUCCUCGAUAUUGUCUGGAAUUUCGCGUUCGUGGCGGUGGCACUUGGGGUUUUGGUUUUGAGCAGGAACGAGUGGCCGAAAAUGCCGCUGAGGCUGUGGAUAAUUGGGUACGCUUUGCAGUGUUUGUUGCAUAUGGUUUGCGUUUGUGUGGAGUAUAGGCGACGGAGGAUGCGACAGAGCGUGGAGUACAGACCAUUUAAUGCAGAGGAGGAACGGGUUUUGAGCCCGGGAUCGAGGGUGGAUUCAGAGCAGUACAUGUCAUUGGCCCACUUGGAAGAGGAUGGUGGAAGCAGCGUUGCAAAGCAUCUGGAAUCUGCUAAUACAAUGUUUUCUUUCAUCUGGUGGAUCAUUGGAUUCUACUGGGUAUCUGUAGGUGGCCAAGCAUUGGCUCGUGGUUCCCCUCAGCUUUACUGGCUUUGUAUAAUUUUUCUUGGUUUUGAUGUGUUCUUUGUUGUUUUCUGUGUUGCACUGGCAUGCAUCAUUGGUAUUGCUGUUUGCUGCUGUCUGCCAUGUAUUAUUGCAAUCCUAUAUGCUGUGGCAGAUCAGGAGGGAGCUUCAAGGGAAGACAUUGAUCAGUUGUCAAAAUUCAAAUUUCGAAAAUUUGAUGGCAAUGAGAAAUCUGCUGUUGAUGACCAAGGUCCUGUUGGGGGAAUAAUGACUGAAUGUGGUACUGAUUCCCCAAUGGAGAAUGUGCUUUCCCGGGAUGAUGCAGAAUGUUGCAUCUGCCUUUCUGCUUAUGACGACGGAGUUGAGCUAAGGGAACUUCCUUGUGGUCACCAUUUUCACUGUGCCUGUGUGGAUAAGUGGCUGUAUAUCAAUGCUACCUGUCCUCUCUGCAAGUAUAACAUUUUAAAGAGUAGUAGCCAUGAAGAAGUGUAGACGAAUGGAAAUAAUUAUUCGUGGUCACAUCUGAGACCUAGCAUAUGAUUUUAGCUCGAGAGCAUUACAGUGCACAGCACGUCUAUUAUACUUGACCAAACUAUUCUAUUGUUGGUCUUGUGGUGAUGGUUGUAGAUGUUGUCAUCAUAGCGCUGGUGACAGUCAUGAUGUGCUUGUUUUAGCUCUAGGCUUCGUAGAGUUGUUAUGUAUAUUAAUGUUUCCCGGGGGCAUUUAAGCACUGACUGAAUCGAACAAUUUGUUUGCUUCUAUUCUCUUUCUUUUUAUCAUUCGAUAGGAACAUGUCGGGUGUACUCUUGUUUAAGGCUUACAAAGUGUUUUAGGUGAAACCUUCUUGAACAAGUACAAGAGGGGUUAUUUUCAA